AUGAACGUCAUGGUGCUCUCCAUCUGGCUCUUGCUUUCGCUCAUGGUCGCCCCGGGCCUCACGGCACCCACACCCGUGCCGGAGGAAGCAGCCUCCGCUUUCCCUACCGCACACACUGACUUGAUAACGGCCACAGAAUACCUUAAGAGCUACUAUGAGCUGCGAGAGGAGCCUCUGGGAAGCUGGAAGGGGAUCGGCCUGUCCUUCGCGUCCAAGCUGAAAGACAUGCAGACAUUCUUCGGGCUCAACGCGACAGGAGUGCUCGAUCGGGACACGCUGCAGGUAAUGAGGAGGCCUCGUUGCGGUGUUCCAGAUUCCGAAAACUACAGCAGUUACUUCCAAGGGCAACGAUGGAACAAGAAGGUCAUCACGUACAGGAUCGGCAGGUACACCGAAGACAUGCCUCGCAGCACCGUCGAGUCCCUGCUCGAGUCCGCUCUCAGCGUUUGGGCCAGAGCCGGCGGGCUGAUAUUUGUCCGCUCGCAUACCCGUAACGCUGACAUCAAGGUGGACUUUGUCACCCAAGAACAUGGUGAUGCAUUUCCAUUCGAUGGACCCGGGGGCUCGUUGGCUCAUGCUUUCGGUCCAGGACAAGGCGUCGCAGGAGACACGCACUUUGAUGAUGAUGAACGCUGGACAGCAACAGGAACAGCUGGCUUUAAUCUUUUAGUGCUGGCUGCACAUGAAUUUGGCCAUGUGUUGGGUCUGAAGCACUCGAGGAACCCUGCAUCACUAAUGCACCCAAACUACAAGGCGUAUCACUCAGGGGCCAACCUCCUAUCCAGAAAGGACAUUUCCAAUAUCAAAGCACUUUACCGUAACCAAGAUCGCCCAAACUACUUUUCAUGGCAGUUCUCUCGACUCAUACGAAACAGAUGUGCUCCAGAUGUGACCUUCGAUGCUGUCUCCACACUUGGGGAUGCCACCAUCUUUUUCAAAGACAGAUAUCUUUGGAUUAAAUACAAUAAAGCGGAUGAUAUCAAAGCAGGUCCAACCACUAACUUCAUGCCCAAGAUAGAAACCAGCAUUGAUGCUGCCUUCUGGGUACCGCGCAGGUCUACCGCUUACCUCAUUCAUGAAUCAAUUUUCUGGAUGGUGAAAGGCUCCGUCGUGAAGGGAAAGCCCAGAGCUCUGUGCCACUUUGGCUUUCCUGCCUGGGUACAGGACGUCGAUGCCGCUGUGCACAUCGUCAAAACCGGACGUACCCUCUUCUUCAUGCAUGACAUUUAUUGGAGCUACAAUGAAAACAGAAGAGUGAUGGACUCUGGUUACCCAAAGUACAUCAGCGAGGACUUUCCUGGACUCAACUCAACAGUAAAUGCUGCUGUUCACAAAGAAGCACCGACCAUUGCCCCAACCAUUUCACCAGAGGAAAACCACCUGGCUGAGAACUAUCUCUUCCAGUUUUAUAAUGAUGUUGGGACCAGAAACUCCUCGAGGAGAAGCCUUGUUAGGAGCAACUUUAGCGAGGAUCUGGAAUCUAUGCAGGCUUUCUUCGGCUUGGAGGUGACGGGGAUCUUGAACAAGGAGACUGUGGAGGUCAUGAAAGCGCCCAGGUGUGGUGUGUCGGACCUCAGUCGCUAUGGACACUUUGCUGGGAAACCCAAAUGGAUCAAGAGGCUAAUAACGUACAGGUUCACUCAGUACACUGCAGAUCUGAGCCAGAGACGGGUGGAUGACACCAUUGGUCAAGCGUUCCAGCUAUACAGUGAUGUCAUCCCACUGGACUUCAAGCAGAUCUACAACGGCACUGCAGACAUCAUGAUACUCUUUAAGGGUGGAUAUCACGGGGACUUUUAUCCUUUCGACGGAGCGGGUGGAGUCUUGGCUCAUGCAAACUCUCCUGGAAGCCAGCAGGGAGGGGACACACACUUUGAUGAUGAUGAACAAUGGACGCUAACACAAAGAAGUGUGAAUCAGUUGCUGGUGGCAGCGCACGAGUUCGGCCACGCUUUGGGAGUGGACCAUUCCAGAGACAGACGCUCACUGAUGUUCCCCACAUAUCAGUAUGUCAACACAAACGGCUACAAACUGCCAGAUGAUGACAGGCAAGGGGUUCAAGCGCUCUAUGGUACCCGUACAAAAGAGCCAACAAAUGCCCCCGAACCCAAUCCACCACCUGAACCAGAGCCAGAGGAUCCAACAGAAGACCCAGAAGACCUGCUUCCAAACCCUCGUGAUGAGCAAUGCAGCAGAAAGUUUGUGUUUGAUGCUGCCACAUCCAUCAGGGGAGACUUCUUCAAAAACAGAUACUACUGGAGGAAGAGUUCCAUGUUCCAAGGACUCCGUUUCACUAAAGUGAGCACAAAAUGGUCACAAAUCAACACUGUUGAUGCUGCAUAGGAGGUCAUAAACAAAGAUGCUUUUUAUCUCUUUGAAGGUAAUCAGUUCUGGGGCAUAAAGGCCUAUGCAAAGACACUACUACCAGGCUAUCCAAAGUUGCUGACCAGUCUGGGCCUCUCUACCACAGUCAGUAAGGUGAAUGCAGCCAUCUAUCUGGUAACGACUGGAAAAACAUUGCUAUUUGUGAACAAACAGUAUUGGAGCUAUGAUGAGACCAAAAACCAAAUGGAUUUUGGAUACCCAUGAUCCAUUCCUAGUGACUUUACUGGUGUCAGGUCCAACGUUGAUGCAGUUUUUGAGAAUUAUGCUGUUAACGAGAUGGAGUCUCUCAACACAUUUGAAUCAGAGAUGGAGGCGGACGGACAGGGGAGCUAUUCUUUAUUUCCAUCUCUGGAUAACAUUGCUGGUCUGUCCGGGACGGCUGAUACACUGGAGAGUGAACCGCCUAGUGAAAUCGCAGAGAAACCAAAUCUCACCUGGCUUGAUGCUGCUCAGAUUGUUUUGGAGGAAUCAGGACAUCCCAUGCACAUAAAGGAGAUCAAGCAGAGAAUCAUCGACCGGGGACUUGUUCAGUCCAAUGCAAAGUCGAGUCUGGAAGCUGUCAUGUAUCGCGAGAAAGAUGACGAGCGGCAGCAGGCUCUGAAGGCUUUCACGGCUCAGGCCUUCCUCAGCGCACCGCAGCAGAACACUGCUUCCACUUUGGCACCCGGCGGCGCCACCGCUGUCGCCCCCUUCCCAUCCCCUGCUAGCUCCUCGGAAAACAAAGCGAAGAUGAGGAGAGGUGCGCGGAAAAAAAUUAACGAAAAGUACCGACUGAAGUACCUUCGACUGCGCAAAGCAGCACGUGCCAUGAUAUUUGAAAAUGCAGCUUUGCAUGACGAAGUGGCCCAUUUAGAAGAGAAGUUUUUGAGAGUAAAGGAAGAGCGCCAAUUGUUGCUGUUGCACUAUCAGUCCCUGUCAGAGGGUGACUUUUUGCCCACGCCCAGCUCGAUCACUAAUCCCGCUGUGUCGCCACCCACAACGAGCUCCGGCCCUGGAGGACCACCCGGCCUGUGUGGGACGCCCAACCUCACAUCUGCGGUGUCAGCAGUGGACGAGGGGCAGCUUAAAAAACCAAAGAAGGAACACAAAGAGCGAGGCAGAGAGAACGGAAAGGAUGAGCUUCAGAAGAAAAUGUCAAAGAAGAGAAAACUGGCUGAUGGUUCCCGGAAGCUGGUGCAACCCAUCCCGCUUGACUCCUGUGGUCGCCCCGUCUUCCCCAUCGUGCUGGGAGGCUUAACGGUGUACAGCUUGGGCGAGAUCAUCACGGACAGAUUGUUUUUCCAUGACGAAUGUGCCAUCUACCCGGUGGGCUUCUGCAGUACUCGGGUCUUUGCCAGCAUGAAAAACCCUGAGCUGCCGUGCCUCUACACCUGCCAAAUCAAAGAUGGACGAAGUGGACCGCAGUUUGAGAUUGUCCCUGAAGACGAUCCCCAGAAUGCCAUCGUUGCCUCCUCAGCCCUGACGUGCCACUCCAACCUGCUCAAGGCCAUCGCCUCAGUCAGUUCCAAGGCUGUUGCCCCAAUUGUGCCAUCUGGAGCAGACUUCUUCGGUUUCUCUCAUCCCACCAUUCAGAAUCUCAUCCAGAGUUGUCCCGGAGCGCGGAAGUGUAACAACUACCGAUGGAUACGUUUCGAUGUUUGUCGCCCGGUCGAUGGCCAGAAUCCUCACAGCCUGUCGGAGGACGACGCCUCCGUCAACUUUGAGGCCUACCAGCGACACCGGCGCUUUAGCGACAAGCCGGAGCAAAUCUCAGCACAGAAAAUGCAGUGUUCUAGUGCCUCACACCCGACCGCCACAUCCGUGAAGCCGUUGACCUCCUAUUUCAGCUCCUGAUGUUACAGUGCCCAUAAUGCCUCUAAGGUUAUAAGAGUUCACAAGACGACAACAAAUAAAAGUACAUGUUGAAUUUCUGUGAAACAAUGGCAGAAAAAACGUCAUGAAAACAAUCUGUCUUUUGCACUGUAAUUGGGGCCCAAAACACCUACAUUUGUUUACUGUAUUUUUGCAAAUAGAAACCUAUAGCUCAACAUUUACUCAGUAUGCGCAACUCGAUGUUUUUUUUUUCAAUAUAAUUUUAAAACAUACAUAUACAUAAAACCACAAAACAAAGAACAUUCAAGGCACUGGAUUGACACAUUAUGAAUUUGUCAUUGCUGUGAUGUCAUCUGCGUGUUUUUAUCUGUGUCGCUCAUCUGCAAACAAUGUCCACUUCAUCCAUAUUUCCUGACAUGCUUCCUCCUCUGUCCUUAAUCUGUGCGUUGAGUACCAUGUCGUAUAUUGUGUCCAUGAUUUUGAACCUGUCAUCUGUGGUAGGAGGUCCUGGAUUGAACCAUUUCUUUGUAAUGUUUUUUUUUUUACAUGCUGCUAGCAUGAUCUUCAGCAGAUUCCUAUUAUCUUACCCAUCAACAUGGCUGUGUUACUUUAAGAUAUUUUUGCUUCAUUUUGUGUGUUAAAGAACCUGGUUAUGUUCUUCCAACAAUGCUCUCUCCAAACCCAGGAUGAUAUGGAGCUUUGUGUCGUUAUCAUGCAUAACAAUGCAGCCUCUGUGAUAUUUAGUUGUCUUUCAUAUCCCUGCUUGAUAUAUUUAGUAUUCCCCCCCUCUUCCAUUAAAUCACAUGACAAUAUGGAAAUUAUUUUUAGAGUCUUUGAUUUGUAGCCACUUAUUACAGUUUUGAUAAUUCCAUUCCAUAGCUAAGUAUCUGAAAGGAUCAUGCUUGCUUAGGUUAUAGCUUUGCUGCACUUCUUGGAACCUCAAGAAAAUUCAGUUUUUUAUUAUUGUACUUAAGGUUAUACCUUUUAGGAUCUGCUGUAGAAAUUUCGUGUCAAGGCUAUUAGGGAUGAAUUGUUUAUCGUAAGCUAUCCAUCGUAAUGGACAAAGAUACAGUAAUUAAUUUUCCAGCUGGAGUUUUCUAAUAAAAUGGACAUGUUUUUUCAUUCAUUUCCCAUACCGCUUAUCCUGGACAUGUUUUUAUUUGUUCAAAUUCUGUAAAUGAAAAACAGUCAUUUGUGUGGUAAAGUGUUUUUAUUUAAAUAAAAAAAAAUUAAAAAAAACAUGGCAUGCAGUCUUGGAUAGUAUCAAUUAUUGGCAGAGUUCCUCUAGAAAUAGGAGAGAAGAAUUUCAUACAAAGUAGGCCACACAUCAGCAAUUAAUAAUUUACAGAGACUGUCCAAAAUAUUUGAUAGCGAUUGAUAAGGAAAGGGGGCGCAGGUAACGUAGCGUUUGCGCCAUAGACAGGACAUGCCUUAAAAUCACACGGCCAGUCUUUCCACGCGUAUCGUAGAGCUGCUACUUCAGUGGUGGAUGUGCAUACAGUGGUUGCUAUCUGGAUGGUGGUGGGAGCCCACUGGAUGAUAGGAGCUGGAACCCAGAGGGACUCAGGCCCACAUGGGGCCUGUGACUGCGAGCAGCAGAUCUUGACAAAUAGAACGAUAAUGUUUCAGUGAUAAAAUUUACUUGUUUCAACCAAUUUAUGGUUACAGUACAUUAUUCAGGCCAGUUUUUCCCAACCUUUGAGAAUGGUGGUAGGGGACCACCGGUAAAUAGUAUUCAACCACACGACGAAUCUUCUACGUCUCUUCUCUACCUACUCCUUUUACGUGAUUCCCCUUAGUGUUCAGACUGAUACACCACAAUCGGGUAAACCAGGGCCUUGUUCAUAAAAUUCUGGUUAUAUGGUAGACAUAGUUGAAUGUUACUUGAAGUGUUCUAUUAUUUAAAUUCUUUGCACUUUACUGUAUUCAUUGAGAAUGUGGAUGCACUAACAGAUAUUUCAAAUGGUAUUUGG